UAGGCGUUAAUUAGACUUCACAACAGUUUGUGUGUUUUAAUUUAGGAUUUCGUUGAUUAUUGUUUGUGAUCUAUUUUCAACAUCUGGAUUGAGUAUUGCUAGUGUGUUGAAGUAAUUAAUUUCCACUUUGAUGAACUUCUGACAAACAACAUGGCUGCCAGUACACCUAUGACACAAUCAGGCACAGGUAGAGGACCAGCUCCACCCCUUCCAGAGAAACCUCCUUCAGUGGCGGAGAGAACUAGACUUCUAAAAUCAAGUUUUCGUAAGGAUGAUGUUGAUAAACCGAAAGUUGUAUGUUCAAGUCCAAUAGUAGAAAGAGCAGCAACACUACCACACAGUCUUGAGACAAAUGGGGAUAAGUCUGAGACUCCAUCUCCUGCUAGUAGUGUGGGGUCCAUGACUGGUGUAGGGGUUAAAGCCUCCACUCCGGACUCCGUUAAGGACUUGCCACCCAAGCCGGCAGUAAGUCCACCAGCUUUAAACGCAAAGCGGGAAGCAUUUUUCAAAGAUGCACCAAAAUUUGAUCCAGCAGCAAGAUUUGCAGCUGAUCGUGAAAGACGAGAGGAAAGAACUAGAGAACCAGUAGCUUCCAAAGAUGACGAUAGAGAGAAAGAACAUCAUAAAGAAAGAAAACAUGGAGGAGGAGACGCAGGAUCAAAAGAAUUGGAAGGAUAUGUUGGAUUUGCUAAUUUACCGAACCAAGUUUAUAGAAAAUCUGUUAAAAAAGGAUUUGAAUUCACACUUAUGGUAGUUGGUGAAUCAGGGCUUGGGAAAUCAACGCUGAUCAACUCAUUAUUUUUGUCUGACUUAUAUAGUAGUGAUUAUCCUGGACCAUCACACAGAAUACAGAAAACUGUUAAGGUGGAUACAACACAAGUAGUUUUGAAAGAAAAUGGAGUACAGUUAAAGUUAACGACAGUAGACACACCAGGGUUUGGUGAUGCUGUGGAUAAUAGUAACUGUUGGCAGCCAGUGAUAGACUAUAUAGACAGCAAAUACGAUGAAUAUUUAAAUGCUGAGUCACGAGUCAACCGAAUCACAAAUGCUGAUACAAGAGUCCAUGUAUGUUGUUACUUCAUUGCACCUACAGGUCACGGAUUAAAACCAUUAGAUGUAGAAUUUAUGAAACGUCUCCACGAUAAAGUUAAUAUCAUCCCCAUUAUAGCCAAGGCAGACACUUUAACUCCCGAUGAGUGUCGAGAAUUCAAGAAAACUAUAUUGAAUGAAAUCGCUCAACACAAGAUAAAGAUUUAUGAAUUUCCUGAAUGUGAUGAUGAAGAGGAAAACAAGCUACAGAAAAAAAUGAGGGACCGAGUGCCUUUUGCAGUCAUAGGCAGCAACAGAGUAAUAGAAUCAGGUGGAAAAAAGGUCAGAGGUCGACAGUAUCCAUGGGGUAUUGUAGAAGUGGAAAACUUAGAACAUAAUGACUUCAUUGCAUUACGGAAUAUGCUAAUCAGAAAACAUAUGCAAGACCUUAAAGAUGUGACAAACAAUGUACAUUAUGAGAACUUUAGAUACAACAAACUAGCUCCUACUUCAGUGGAUGGAAAUAAAAUUAAACCAGGAUCAUUAUCAAAAGAUCCAUUAACUCAAAUGGCUGAGGAGAAACGAGACCAUGAUAUUAAAAUGAAGAAGAUGGAGGCUGAAAUGGAACAUGUUUUCGAAACUAAAGUAAAAGAAAAAGAACAAAAACUUAAAGAAUCAGAAGCAGAUUUGCAAAGAAGAUCAGAACACACAAAGAAAAGUUUAGACCAACAACAAAAAGAAAUGGAUGAUAAAUGGACACAAUUUCAAAAAGAGAAAAAAGCCUGGGAAGAAGCAAUGGGAAUUUCAGGAUCAAAUGAAAAUAUUAAAGAGUCACAUGAUACAAACAUGUCUUCAACUACAGGAAAACGAGUAGUUAACAGCUCACACAAAAAAGACAAAAAAAGGCUAUUUUAGUAAAUGACAGUUUAUCUAUGACGAGACUCAACAUUGGCAGUGUUUGCUAAAGUAACAGUAUUGCUUUGUUGGAAAUGAAAUGAAUUGCUCACAUUGCCAUAGAAACAAUAACAAAAGGUGCUGAAAUUUUACUGCAAGAAUGUAGUAAGGAUUAUAUUGUGAUGAUAGUAUUAAAGAUGGCCAAAGACAUUGAUGUUUGCAUGGUCAGAUUAACCGUAUAUUUGUUUUGAAUUAUUCAUGCUCUCAAACAAACUUGGGUCUGGCAAACUUUUGUUUUGGGCUAGAACUGUUUAAUUUAAUAAUUUUCAUAAUGAUAAAGAUUCAAAGCCAUUUCUCAAUCUAGCACCAUUUUUGUAUUUCAAAGAUAAUUGUAUGCAUUAGUGGUGUUAUAUAAGCAUAAUAAAAAUUGUUUACUUCAAUAACAAUGAAAUUUUUAAGUUCAUCAUUCAAUUUUUUAAAAUGAUUAUUGAAUUAUUGAGCUAGUUGUGGAAUAAAGUUAUUGUGCUUUGUUUGUGGUCAACACCAUGCAAAUUUUCUUAACAUUUAUAAUUUGAUACCCAUAUGUUUAUAAGUGUCCAUUUUUUAUCAAUUUAAAUGCUGCCUUAACAUUUUUUACCUGAAAAAAAACUUUUAUUGUCUGUAUGUUAUACAAUUUAAAACCUUGAGUAAAAAAAAACUUUGGAUAUUGUUUUAAUACCACUUUCAUGACUUUGUGAUUCAUGCAAAGCAUUUUGACCAGUCUUGUGUUGGAUUACAUUUCAUCCAGCAUUUCCUUCAUGACAAUUUUCGAAGUAUUUCUAAAUAAAGGCCAUGCAAAUAUUUUUAUGCUCCCACUGUAGUGGAGGGGGCAUUAAGUUUUACCCUUGUUUGUUUUAUAUUUGUCAUCAAAAGAUAUAUGUGUUGUUGUCCAUUUUGUACAAAUGUGUAUUGUUAUUAACAUUCUGUGUCAAAAUUUUAGUUUGACAUUGAUUUUGAUCAGCUACAAAAUUUAAAGAUAAUAAUGAUUUUAUUGGUUUUUUUGUGCAUUUUUCCUGUGAUCUUUUUUUGUGAUAAUUUUGAUAUCAUGCUACUCCCUUGAGAUGGAAAAUUAUUGCUAGAAACUAAGCAUGCAAGUGAUGUUGCUAACGAAAUUGACAUGAAAUUGACAACGUUGCCAUAGGUAAAAUAGCGAUAAAUAGAUUAUCAUUGUUCAUCUCAACGGGAUUGCCUUUCUUGCUUUCGCUGCCCUGGCUCAAGCGAGAAAAUCAAUCUCGUUGAGAUAAUCAACGAUAAUCUAUAAAUACUUAUUUUUUUGAAAUAUUGUUUGCUGAUUGUCCUAGACUGGUAAAAAGAUUCUGAAAAGGAGAAAGAGACUUACAAAAUGAAAUUGUUAACAACUUGGAUUUCUCAAAAAGGGUACAAAACAUAUUUAUGCAUAUAUUAAGAUAAAAUCUGGCCUAAAUUAUAAACACCAUGUACAUAUUUGUGUCCUACAAAUGAAUGUCAGGAUUUGUAAUUAUAUUAUUGUUAUUUAUCAUAUAUUAAUAUAUUCACUUAAAUUGGAUAACUUUUGGGGUUUCAUUGGUUUUUUUGGGGGGUAUUUCUUAGUGAACAUCUCAUAACUUGAUUAAAAAAAUCAUAUAAAAAUUCAAGAAAUGCUGUAGGCAUUAAUUAUCAUUUUACAUGUGAAUUUAACAAAAUUGACAGAAGAAAAAAAUUGCAACAUAAGUUUAAAUUUGUUUCUUAUACAUUUGUACUAUAGUAUAGUUUUUGCCUUCACAUCAAAUGAGAUAUUUCAUGAUGUUUCCAUUAUAUGGGGGGAAAUUCCGUGUAAAUGAACAUAAUUGUAUAAAACAUCUUACAAGUCUUUGUAUGCAUUUGUGUUAUUGAUUAAGGCAGAACAGUAUGAAAAAUCAGUCAAAUCGCUUGGCUUAUAUUGUUUUCUGCUUUGAGCACUUUUUGAUUGUUUAAGUUUUUAUUUGUUUAAGUUGGAAUCAUUAUAUUUGUAAGAAAUUAGUUGACUUAAAACAAUAAUUUUCAUUUGAUUUGAAAUUCAAUAAUGAUAUUUUUUUUUGCAAAAGUUGAUAUUGACCUGUUAACUUGAAACUUUUUAAAGUUGUAUCAUUCUUUCAAUUUUAAAGAAAAAUCUAAAAGUUGCCACAUUUUGAAUUAUAAGAUAUUCAAAAUAUCUUCAAAAUAUUGAUGAAAUCCAAUUAUUAUAGGAAAAGUUAGUUAAACACGUGUUCAUAAUUUUAUUUAUUUGAUUAUUUUUUCAAUUAAAAGUUAUUAAAUACUCACAUUCAGCAAAAUACUGCAGAGAACAGCUUUCUUUUUUAUUUGUCUAGUCAAAUUGUAGUUUGUAGAAAAAAUCAGAUGUAUCUGUAUCCUUGAAAUGGCCAUAUUUUCUAUAAUUAUUAUGCAUCUAAAGCACAGAUACGUGUGCCCAAAAAAAUAAAUAUUUCUCAUGUAUAAGGUGUAAAAAUAUCAAUGUUAUGUUACAGUUUAGAUAUUUCAUUUUAUAAAAGAUGUCAACUUCUGGUAUCUGAUUAUAAAUCUGUAAUACAAAUUUAAUAACUAUUUCAUCAUCUUACAUUUUAUGCAAGUCUUUCUGAAUAUGUAAUUAAACCAGUCAACUUAAAACAAUAAUGAUUUUUUUUAAGUUGUUCCAUUUUGCUUCAAUUUCUAUGCAGAAUCUUCAUAUGUGAACAUUGCUUUAUUGUUGGUCAUAUUAAUUUUGUACUCAUUAAUAAAUGUAUUAUUGUAAUAAAAUAAAAUAAUAAAAAACAGACUUUAUAAAAGCUGUAUAGAACAAUUUUGUCUGUUGUGUUAUGUAAUGUAAUAUGAUUUUUCCUUCCAAAACUGUCACUGUAUCUUGGUAGAUCAAACCACAAACUGUAAGCCACUACUCAAACAACAGCAAUAAAGAAGAACUCUACUUUGACAAUACGUCUUUGUCAUUUGUAUCAACCUCCAAUCUAAUUAAAAUUAAAUCUCUCACUCGCUCAUUUUUUAAUGCUUGAAAAUUAGAUCUCUCACUUGCUCAUUUUUUAAUACUUGACCAAGCAUUAAAAAAUGAUCGAGUGAGAGAUUUAAUUUUAAUUAGAUUGAUCAACCUCAAUCUACAGUUGGAAAUUCAACCAAAGCUUGAAUGUCCUUAAAAUUGCCUUGUAGAUAUUAGAGGAAACUUGGCUUUCUGAAAAAAUAUUUAUGUUAACUGGUAAAUGUUUAUGCCACUGUCAAGAACUGAUACUUUUACCUCUGUACAUGUCUUACCUCAUAAUAGGUAUCAAGAUGUUUUCAUAAGUCAGCAUUUAUCAAAUCUUUUGAAUGUAGAACUUUUGUAAACUGUUCUAUUUUACCCAUUUCACUUUUGUCUUCCCACAUAGCAACUCAUAAGACAAAAGGUUUACCUAGCCAAUUUUAAUUCAGAACAAUUAUAUAAAAAAGAAGGUGCGGUAUGAUUGCCAAUGAGACAACUAUCCACAAAAGACCAAAACGACACAAACAUUAACAAAUUACUUGAGAAAACCUAAAUCAAAUCAUUUGAAAUUUAGAAAUGCAAUGUAUUGUUGUUGACCACUUAGUUUAGACCCAGUUCAAUUUUCACAGCUUUCACUUUCAUCUGAAGAGUGAUAACCCGAGUAAGACACCACCAAAACAUUUGAAAAAUGAAAUGUUAGGGACCACUUAACACAGAUUUUAAUUAAGAGUGACAAAUUUCACUUUUGUCUUUCAAGAAAAUACCCCUUAUUAAAUAGGAAAAUAGCAACAAUUUUUGUUUCUGGAAGAUUACUUUAGUAAACAUGUACUAACCUACUUGAAAUUUGGGAAUUAUAUUAGAAUUAACCUAACAUAGAACUUGUUUCUAUUUGUUUUUCUGGAGUUUGUAAUCUGAAAGUUACUGCUACUAGUGGUUUCUAAAUAGGUGAGUUAUUGUAUUAUUGAUAACAGCUUACAGAGAAUUGUUAGAACGGAUAGAGGUUUUUGUUUAUGCAUGAAGAAAAUAACAAUUUUCUUUCAGAAAUAACCAAUGAUGGAAAUUCAUAACAUGAUUACUGACCAUUGGUCACUAACAGGAAGAAGAUUAUAACAUUCUAGAUUCUAUUUCUGAUUUGGUUUUGUUUUUUGCAUCUGUGUAGAAUCAGAGCCCUUUGAAAUAUUUUAAAAAUAGCAAAAUUCUUAGAAAAUUUACCGAAAUCAAGUAAUGGUAUAAAUACAAGUCAUUUUGAUAUAUACAAAAAUACAGCAAAGGCUGUUGGGCUAAAAUUAAUUACUUGAUAAAGAAAAGGGAUUGUGAAUGUUGAAACUAAGUAAUUGUGAUCGGUUGGAUAUUAUGUUUUAAUUGAAAUUUAUAAGUACUAUCUUCUUUAAAAAGGAAACAAUCAAUGUACAUUUGACCGAUUUUUUAUUCUAUUUUUAUUUCUAUUUUUUAUUGUAUUUUUUCAGCUCACACAAGAAAGAAAAGAAAGGCUAUUU